ACAACCAGAAUCCUGCGAUUUCUUCUGCCAGGUCUGCUGUGGGCUCGUCGCCAUGGCGAGCGCUUCCGGCCCUCCGGCGAUGGCGCUGCAGAGCUCAGAAAUGCUCUCGAGAGAUCAGCUUCUCCACCUCUUCGCCCGCUUCGACUCCCUCACCUCCCAACCUGAUAUCAAGAGACGGAUCGCAGAUGCCGUGAAGGACAAGCAGGAGGCAGUUGCUGUGACCACCGCAAUCCAAGAGGAAAUACUUCUUGAAAUGGGAAUUGAUCCACGAUUUGGAAUCACUUGCUUAGGGAAGGUGAAUGCCAUGUAUGAGAAUGACAUGGAUUUGAUGAUUCAAUUUUAUCGAUUUGUUGCAAAGGAAGAGAUAGCCAUUGAUGAGGCUGAACUUGAGUGUAGUGAGUUUGAAGAAAAAAUGCUGACUCAGCAGUCAAUGCAAGAGCAGCAACUCGACAUGCUGAAACAAAUGAGGAAGUAUCAUCCAGAUGCUCAAUCUGCGCUUCUUGAAGCUCUCCAUGAACAGUUGGAUAAGGCUAACUUUGACAGCAGUGCUGCAAUUCUGACAUCGGAUCAAAUUGAAGAGAUUGUUAGCAGAAGACAAAUGGCUGCCAAGACAUCCACGUAGGUCUUCCAGCUUUUAUAUUUUCUAGCCUUUAUGGUUUUGUGAAGUACCAAAAUCAUGUUUAUUUCUUAGAAAUCUGUUGGUCAAUCCCAUACUUGUUAUUUGCCGCUUGAAGAUUGAAUACAGAAUUUACUUGUGUCUUUAUUAAAAUUUAUGUUAUAGCAUGACGAUGACUAAACUGCAGAAAAUAAUAAUAUCUUCAUGUUUAUGUUUUUUUUUU